CAGUACACUAUCCGAGGAGUACUAUAUUAUAGCAAAUAUGUAUAGUUCACGCGCAGUAUCCUAAGCCUGUGUGGCUUUACAGAGUUUAUUGGCAGCAUCGUCAAAAGUGUAAGAUGGCGACAAAAGAAGUAAACUUACAAAACGGUGUUCCGUUAAAAUACAUUUGUGCGUUUGUCAGCUGUUGAAUACCGGCGGUGUGCAGCUAAGAUUGAUAAUUUACAUGGUAUCGGUGGUGAAUCAUUGGUAAUCGGUGUGUGUCCCUCGUAAAAUCGCGCCAGGAACUUUCGGCGUGCUCGUAGGCUUAAAAUGUCAGUAACUGCCUCGAAACCAUGCCACGAGGAAGAGAUUUCGAAGCUGACAGAGGAGGACGAUUGGAAAAUACAGCUGGCGUUUUGCAAGCCACGUCAUACAGCGACGAUCGAGGGCGUCAACUGUAUCACGCAGACAUGGAGAAUGAAAGAGCGGAUGAAAACUGUUAGCGUGGCUCUGGUUUUGUGCUUGAACGUCGGCGUUGACCCUCCGGACAUCGUCAAGACGCAACCGUGCGCCCGUCUCGAAUGCUGGAUAGAUCCUUUAUCAGUGAGUCCACAAAAAGCUUUGGAAACUAUAGGUUCUAAUUUACAAAAGCAGUACGAACGAUGGCAGCCAAGAGCUCGUUACAAACAAAGUUUGGAUCCCACUGUGGAAGACGUUAAGAAGUUGUGCACUUCUUUGAGGAGAAACGCGAAGGAGGAAAGAGUAUUGUUUCAUUAUAAUGGUCAUGGUGUUCCUAAACCCACCAGUAAUGGUGAAAUAUGGGUAUUUAAUAGGACGUAUACACAAUACAUUCCUUUGUCUGUAUAUGACUUACAGACAUGGAUGGGAGCUCCUAGUAUCUAUGUAUAUGAUUGUUCUAAUGCAGGUAUUAUAGUAGAAUCUUUCCAACAAUUUGCUGAACAGCAUGAGAAGGAAUACGAGAUGGAAAAACAAGCCUUACAGCAAAAUCGUGCAACAGGAGUUACCACGUAUGGAGGCACGACAGUACCGUCUUACAAAAACUGCAUUCAAUUGGCAGCAUGUGCAGCUAAUCAGAUUUUACCUAUGAAUCCAGAUUUACCUGCUGACAUAUUUACUUCAUGCCUUACCACUCCAAUAAAAAUUGCAUUGCGAUGGUUUGUAAUGCAAAAUACGUCGAAAUUGGUACCAAAAAUAUCAUUAGACUUAAUCGACAAAAUUCCAGGACAGUUGACCGACAGAAGAACAAUGUUAGGAGAACUUAAUUGGAUAUUCACAGCAAUCACAGACACAAUAGCAUGGAACACUUUGCCAAGAGAUUUAUUCCAGAGGUUAUUUAGACAAGAUUUAUUAGUUGCUAGUUUAUUUAGAAAUUUUUUACUCGCCGAAAGAAUACUUCGAUCGUACGAUUGUACACCGGUCUCUUGUCCGAAAUUGCCACCCACCUUUCAGCAUCCUAUGUGGCAAGCAUGGGACUUGGCACUUGAUCUCUGCUUAGCACAAUUACCAUCUAUUUUAGAGAAUGAAGAUCAGUUUGUGCACUCUCCUUUCUUUGAAGAACAACUGACAGCGUUCCAAGUAUGGCUUACGUUAGGUUCGAAAAAUCGCAAUCCACCGGAACAGCUUCCUAUAGUACUUCAAGUAUUGUUAAGUCAAGUUCACCGGCUAAGAGCAUUAGAAUUAUUAGGACGUUUCCUUGACCUUGGCCCGUGGGCGGUAAAUCUGGCUCUUAGCGUAGGCAUUUUUCCAUACGUUCUGAAAUUACUUCAGAGCAACGCUAGGGAAUUACGUCCACUACUUGUUUUCAUUUGGGCGAAAAUUCUUGCAGUUGAUAGUACCUGUCAAGCAGAUCUUGUACGAGAUGGAGGGCACAAGUAUUUUUUAUCUGUUCUUCAAGACACUUCAGUUCCGAGCGAGUACAGAACGUUGGCAGCAUUUGUCUUGGCUAGUAUCGUGAAUGAUUAUCGACAAGGUCAAGUAGCAGCUAAUCAUGGGAGCCUCGUUUCAAUUUGCCUGGAACAACUUGGAGAUUCAAAUCCUUUAUUACGUCAAUGGCUGUGUUUAUGUCUUGCGAGGCUUUGGCAUAAUUAUGACAAGGCGAGGUGGUGUGGUGUUCGUGAUAUCGCACACGAGAAAUUAUUCACGUUAUUAAGAGAUUCAGUUCCUGAGGUUCGAGCAGCUAGCGUUUACGCUUUGGGCACAUUCAUAAAUAGCGUUACGACACGAAGCGAACAUGCGAAUAACAUUGAUCAAAUUAUUGCUAUAACACUGAUUAAUACCGUGUCCCAUGACAUGUGCCCUUUAGUUAGAAAAGAAUUAGUAGUAGCGCUUCAAUGGAUGGUUUUACACUUUGAAAAUUCCUUCGUCACUUUAGCUUUGGCUGAGGAGAACAGUCGCAAAGAUCUUGUCGUGGAAACGUUUUCGCCGUUUAGCGGAAUGCGACGCAUUAGUUCCAGAGAUAGAUUAAAAAUGCUUUCCCCUAACAACACGUACAGUAUAGACAGUACGGACGGGUUUGGGCAAGAUCGUAUUAAGAGAGUAUCCUCUUCGUCGUCUAUAAGUAGUUUAGGAAAUAAUUGGGAGUUCGUGAGGAAACCUUGCGAGUCACUUGGGCACAGCUCGCUUGGGAAUUUACCGAGUCUUUCCUAUGGUAGUGUAUAUAUGAAACUAUGGCACGGACUAUGCAACCUCGAUAACGAUCCUCACCCUGCAGUUGCCACAAUGUCUCAGAAAGUGACUAAUCAUAUUCGAAAUCAGGUGAAAGAAUCCUCCACGCCCAAGGAAGGGAUUGAAACGAAAACGUCUUCAUCGUUGUCUCUUCCACCGUCUCCAUCGAAUCGCACCACUUACUUCAUCAGCAAAGGUGAAUCACCGCCUACGGUGAAUUCUGGAUCAGAUCUAUUGCGAUCGUCCAGGAUAUUGUCGCAUACCACUCGAUCCAGAAAACCAAUUCCUAAUACGAUAUCAGAAGAGGCUGACGAAGUUGUUGGGAUCAAAACACCAUUGACAACUUCGCAGUUCGUCGAAUGGAGUUGCGCUCAGUUCGCUCAGCCAGUUAGUUUAGAAAAUGAAACUGAGUCGAUGAACGACAUGGAGAGCAGAGCUCACUAUGAGAGGGAAUGGAGAUACCUGAGGAAUAAAAGGCACAGGCAUGAGGCUAAAGAGGAACAAUUACGAGCGGUACAAAGUAGGGUAGAGUCACAAGUAUUCCAUGCAAGAUGUCCACAUUCUCCAGAAGUUUUAACAUUUCAUCCCUUCGAACCUCACUUGGCUGUAGCAUUGAAAGAUUUCUUUGGAGUAUGGGACUAUCAAACCGGUUCGAAGUUAUUGACUUACUGCGCAAGUCGUGGGAAUAAAGUGUCACGUAUUACAGCUCUCGAGUUUAUCAACGCCCACGACGUCAGUUUGUUGAUGACCGGUUCCGACGAUGGUUCUGUUCGAGUCUGGAAAAACUAUAGUAGCGUUUUAAGUCGUGAUCCGAUUCUACUCACCGCUUGGCAAGCAUUAGCUGAUAUACAACCAGCAACGAAAACCACAACCGCAACAGCUGGUUUAGUUACCAAAUGGGAACAGAAGUCCCUUACUUUAGCUGUGACCGGUGACGUUCGCAUCGUUAGGCUCUGGGAUGCGGAGAGCGAAUUAAAGAAGCAAGACAUACCCAUAGGUGCUGAUUGUUGUGCUACAUGCAUUGAUGUUGAUGGAGUAGGUGCAAUGAUGGCAGUGGGAUGCGGCGAUGGUUCUGUUCGAUUGUUCGACAGAAGGUUACCUCCAUUAGAGUCGAGAGUUAUGAUCUGGAGGGAGCACACAGCAUGGGUGUUGGGCACGUCUCUGAGAAGAUCCGAGAGAUCAGCGCCGCAACUCUUCACUGGAUCAUCUUCAGGCGAUAUUAGAAUAUUUGAUCUUAGAAAAAAUUCCUCUGUAAGCACUGUACAAAUAACGCAAGGUAUUACUGCGUUGGCACCUCACGAAGUUGCCGAUAUUUUUGCUUGCGGGUCGACGAAUCAUUGUAUAAGUGUAUAUAAUACAAUGGGUCAACACUUGAAUACCAUAAAAUUCCAUGAGGGAUUCAUGGCUACACGUAUUAGUCCAGUAAGUUGUUUAAGCUUCCAUCCUAAUCGCGUAGUUCUAGCAGCUGGAUGCGUAGAUAACACUAUUACAGCCUAUGCAUCUGAAUCACGCAGAUGACUAAUAGAGAUGGAAUUGUUAUAAAAUUAUUUUCAUAAAUACUUACACAUCUACAGUACUUGAUAUUUUUAACAGUGUUAGUCGUUAAGGGAGGCACCGGGGACACACGAUAUCAAUGACUAUUCUAACAUCGAAUGUUUACAUCUCUUCUCUUUCAUGUGUUCACAUUUUGUUCAUAUUCGAGGAAAGCUAGUUUUCGGGAAUCAUUCGUUCACAGGAUAAAUUAAUGAUUCGUUUGAAAGGGGAACCAAUGAAAUAGCCAGUCUCUCGAGACGACCAAAGAAAGAAACCGUGUGUCCCCAUGCAUAUAUAGGCAAUGGAACUGUUCGAGAAGUUCGAUCAGGUUUUGGUGGUGUUAAGAAACAAUGCAUAAUAUAUGGAAAUGUGAUGCAACGAAAGAAAUACUAGUAUACGUACGAGUGUAUUUAAUAUCUAAUGAAGUUUGAUCGUACGCAAGGGUGUAACUAAUUAUUGUGCCAUGCAAGAUUGGUUUCAAUGAAUUCAAGAAUAAUUUGCAUAAUUAUUGCCGUGUAACAACGAUAUAGAAUUGAAUUUCUUUCAUCAAAGUUGUAUGGAUACACUUUCUUUCUCUGAUUCUGAAUUUUUCUUCCGUAACUUCAUCUCGACUAGACAUACAAAAGAAGAAUUAUUUAAGGAAAGUUGAAAGAUUGAUUUGAUGAAUGAUUUACAUCGUGGCAAGUACAAUGUAAUUGAUCGAAGGGAAAGAUAACUGAAGGACAAUAUAUUUAAGUAACGUAACUCUACUGUUUUAGCUUACGACUUAGUGCAAUAAUAAUAAUCAUAGAAUUAACGCGACGGUGAUUCCCCGUGGAACCGUCAAAAAUGUGGCAACAAUGAGUACGAACGCUAACGAACAAUUUUUAUCAUAGAGCCUGCCUAAUAUCAGCCUUCACUUUUAAUUUUCAUCGUAACGAGACGUUGCUUUGUAAUUUUAAACGAACGAAACUGAUUUCUGUACAUAAAAGGACAUAUAUUUGACAAUUUAAUAAUUACCAUCAAUGGCAUUUUUUUUUGUUUGAGAGGUAUUAUAUCCGUAAGUGACAAUACUUGAUAAGUUGUUUUGCACGAGUCGUUGUAAUAUUGUACCAUAUUGAACUGCGAGGAGUUCGAGGCAGGGGAUUAACUCGAUAAUAGAUAAUUGCAAACGAAUGACUAUAACGUGAUUAUGUUCAUAUAUAAUUGAAUCGCUCGAUUGUUUCGAAGAUACUUGAAGAGAAUCCGAGUACGUGCAUAUUUCUACUGUAAUCGUCUAACAUUAUCCUAACGUUAUUUUUAAAGAGUAUCGACACAUGAAUAUAUAUAUAUAUAUAUUUAAUAUAUAAUAUAAUUAUUCAUUAAAUUGGCAACAUGUAAAUAUAUAUAAA